AGCAGCGCUCAUUUCUCGCUCUUUAGCAAUGCUGCUCUUCUACGCAGGAUUUUUCGGCCGUUUGAGAAGGCGCGACCGCUGAACAACAACAACGUGGCGGUCGAAAUUCUUCGCGCACGCCCGCAGGGAGUGUUGCGCUUCUCGUUCUGUGCCAGCCAGCAAUGUUGCCUUGCGUGCAAGUGGCCAAUCCGGAAGUCGAAUACGACUGUGAUGUGUACCUGUACAUCCGACCUCUGUCCUCCGAGUGCUCGCGUUCUGUGCCGGGAUCCUUAUCGUCAUCAUCUCCGGUGUUAUCGUCAUCGACGGAGAGGGAGGAAGAUAGGCAGAUUAUAGACCUCGAUUUCCUCAAGCACUGGCAAGCGGUGUUCGUCUUCAAGAACAGCGCGUCACCUACAGAAAGCGCAGGCAAUGGCGUCGUCAUGCUCGAAGCUGGCAAGUCCAGCGGAUACCUGCAAGGAGAAGGAUUCGUGACGUCACGAGAGGUGCUCGAAAUGGAGAAUCCAAGAAAGGUGUUCCUACGGAGUAUACGGAUCUCCCUGAAGACGCUGACCAACGCUUUGAGCACGAUGAACGGGUCGCGGUCGGCUUACUGCCUCGUGUGGAACAACUGCCAGGAGUGGAUAGCCGGACUAAUGCGACGCCUGGACGUUGUCGUUAGGCGGACGCGAUUCAGUAGGGUCGCCAAUGCCACGAUCGCCGUGGCCAGCCUCGGCCUGUUCGCCUACGUCGUCUACUUGUCAUACUGUGCGGGAUCAUCUUACCGGUGGGAACAAAGUGCCCGUGAACAGUGGGUUCCACCCAGUGUGAGCCAAGCGUGAACUAAAUGCGUACGAUAUGCGUGCUCUUCAAUCAAAAACUGAACGUGAUGUUCAACUUGUGUACAUAGAGACACUUCCGUGACGAAAGAGUCGCAAAAA